AUGGCAAGAGGCAAAGCCAAAUCGCUCCACACCAGGAACAUUGCUCCUAGCAACGCAGAGGACACCAUUUGCCCUGCUUGUGACAAGCCUCUCAAAUCCGCUCAAGGCGUCAUGGCCCACCUGUCAACGGCUCGGUCUUGCCUGUGGUACAGAAAAGGAAAAAACCCGGAGCCAAGGUGUGACAUUCCAGAAGUGGUGGAAGAGGAGGGUGCUUCCGGCGUGGACAUGGAUGUCGACGUGGAAGAUUUCCACGACGUGCUUGAAACUAGGGACCUGUUCCAGUUCGCAGCCCGCUGCCCAACCUUUACCGAUGCGCCAGGGCCAGCGUUAGAUGACGACGACGACACCAGAGUAGAGGAAGAAGACGAGCUUGUUGGCAGGGUGAUACGGAUGGAACCAACUAUAGUGGAGACGUGGAGGGCUUAUUUUGGAGAAGAUGAAGACGGGGAUAAUCCAGGUGAAGACGACCGAAUGGAUGUGGAUGAUGGUGAAGACGCGCCUCAACAGCAGCUAGACCCGAACAGCAAGUGGAAGCCCUUCGCGUCCGAGCUCGACUGGCGUGUAGCCAUGUGGAUAGUUCGAGAGGACGUCGGUCAGAAGUCGCUCAAUCGAUUUCUGAGCAUACCGGGUGUCGUUGACAAGCUGGGUCUAACGUUCAAGGAUAUACGGGAGCUCUUCAUGAAGAUCGACGACAUCCCAGACAGGGCAGCCUGGAAGACAUCAUCUCUGGCAUUUCCCGACCGCCCGGAUGAGAAGCAUCUAGUUCGAUAUCGAGACAUCCUUGAAGCAAUCAAAGCGCUUCUGGGCAACCCUUCCUACGCAAAGUACAUUGUGUAUCGACCGAAGCGUGUCUUCACUGAUCGGUCCAGGACGAAGCGUAUUUUCACCGAGAUGUGGACGGGACUGUGGUGGAAUGCGGUACAAGUGAGUGUCCAUUCAAUAAUGUGGAAUGCUACAUAA